AUGGAUAAAGGCAAUUUGGCUCUUGUCUCGCAUGGCCCACUCAGUUCUGGGCAAUGGAAAUUGGAAUCCGUCACCCCCCGCGCCAUCAAAGAUGACGAACUUUUGAUUCGGAUGGUUGCUACGGGCAUUUGCCGUGCAGAUAUUCACUUCGGAGAUUUUCCCGUCCAGGAGGCCGCCACAAAUCCUGCGGCAUUCUAUCCUCGUGUGAUGGGUCACGAAGGUGCGGGAUACGUGGAACGGGUUGGAAGCUCGGUGAAAGGUUUCAAACCCAAUGACCCAGUUCUUCUCUCGGUGCUGUCCUGUGGGAAGUGCUACAACUGCGACGCAAAACACCCAGCGUAUUGCAUUAAAUCAUUUGAAUGUAACUUCCUUGGCGAUCAGAAUGUCUAUGCCGGCCAUGGUAAUUCAAGCUUUGACAUCGCUGGUGCUUUCUUUGGGCAGUCUAGCUUUUCGGCCAGGGCCGUUGUGAAAGAGCGAAGCGUCGUCAACAUGAAUGGACUGGGGGUCACGCCUCAUGAUCUGCAAAUCCUCGCACCUCUCGGAUGUGGCGUUCAGACUGGGGCAGGAGCAUUUACCAAUAUUGCUAAAGUGCAACCGGAUCAUGAUGUUGCAGUGCUUGGUGUAGGGGGUGUGGGUAUGAGUGCAAUUAUGGUAAGAUCAACUUGGUGUUUCAUGCCCAUUUAUGCGCUGGCUUCAUAUGCAUUCAAAAUUAUUGAUUCUAAUUGGAAUUCUUCUAUCAAGGCAGCUGCAAUGAUUGGAUGUGAAGUCAUCAUUGCCAUUGAUAAUGUUCCAUCUCGCUUAGAGGUAGCAAAAUCCCUGGGCGCAACCCACACAAUUGACACCUCGGACUCAAGUAUUGAUCUUGUAUCCGAGGUCUUAAAAAUCACUGAUGGCCGAGGAGUACACACAUCCCUUGAUACAACCGGCAUCCAGCGAUUGGCGAGGCAGUCCUGGGAAUUUGUGCGCUUUCAUGGUAAAGUUCUACAGGUUGGGCUGGCGAAGCCAGACGACCGGUGGAAUGUGUCCAUGGCCGACCAUAUGAAUACGGGGCGCCAGAUUAUUGGCUGCAUCCAGGGCGACUCGAUUCCACAGAUUUUUUUGCGUGAUAUCGUGCGCUGGUACCUUAAUGGAAAAUUCCCAGUUGAGAAGUUGGUCCGCUCCUAUCCAAUCGGACAAUGGCAACAAGCACUGGAGGAUAUGCAGAACGGAACUACUAUAAAGCCUAUUCUACUCUGGCCAGAUCAAGUCUCGCCUAAAAUAUAG